AUGGUGCACCGAGCCCUGUUGAUUCAAGAGGUCGCGGGCGCUAUCCUGGACAAUGUCCCCAAGAAGGACCUUGUGGCAGUCGCGCGCACUUGCCAUGAUCUGACCGACCUUGCCCUGGAUCGUAUAUGGCAUGAGAUCCCUGACCUCCGAGUCCUCAUCUCAGUACUUCCUGAGUCUCUCUUCAAACGACACUGGUUUAAACUGGUCUUGAGCAGAGAACUCCAUCCCGCUGAAUGGGAGAGGCUGCAAUACUACAUCCCUCGUAUCACCAGUAUAAAGCGCAAAGAAUCGUCUAGCUCCGGCAAGCCGUACCCAGCAUUCGGUGAUAGCGUACUGGCGGUACUGGGCGCAUCCAAUCCUUUGAAACCGUUUCUUCCGAAUCUCGUUCAUCUGGAUUGGUCGAUUCAUUAUAUCGAUCUCGCGCACAUGUGCAUGUUUCUGGGACCCAGGGUGCAGGACCUGAGGUUCGGUCUCAUGCAGCGCGAAGACUUCCUCCAAGAUGUAACCAUCUUGGAGGACGUCGCAGAAAAGUGCCCGUCCUUAAAACAGCUCCUAUUGGGGGAAAAUACAGCACAUCCUGAUUUUGUUCCCCACCUGUCCCGCUUCUUCUCGACGUGUCAAAACCUCGAAAGGUUGGAUUAUCGCACUGCCUCGCCGAACUCGGACGCCAUAUGCGCCCUUGCUGAACUUCCGUGCCUGCGUCAGCUUGAACUCCUUGUUUUCCAUCCUCCCUACGAGCGGCCGGACUCUGAAGAGGCGAUUCAUAAGCUGCGCAUGUUGCGGGACCGCAAAGCAUUCCGCGCUUUAAAGUAUUUCUGCCUGUACGCAGAUUUACCUUCUUUGGGUUUCGUGGUGAACACCCUGCAGGCGCUGCAAUCCUCUCCCUUGGAAGCUUUGCAAAUUUGCGUCAAUGGAACCGGGGAAGCCGAUCCGAAUGUACUACCCCCUGUGCCGAUACGUUUCACCUUGCCCACUCUGCAGUGGUUGCAUAUCCGUUGCCUAACGUCAGCCUGGCGAAAGUAUCUCUUCACGCCCAACGGACUCCCCUCGUUGCAGGAACUGGAUUUCUACUAUACCGAGAAUGAGACAGAAGACAUGAGAUCACUUGUCGAGAGCAUAGCUGUGGCUUGUUCGCGGUCGGUUCUCACAUCGCUCAAGCUGGAUAUAGGCACCUGGAACGACCAUAAUGAAUCCAGAGUGUCGUGGCUUGACGGGGACAUCCCUUCCACAGUACUCUGGCCUUUCCUCGCCUUCGAGAACAUGACUCAUUUCCUCUUCACUGCCGACUGGCCGCUGCUUGACCCUCACGCCAUGAUACAAGGAAUGGCUUCUAGCUGGAAAGAAUUGAAGACAUUCUAUCUCAUAGACGACCAGGAGCAUUGGGAUGAGAGGCCCGGUGCGACGUCCGUAUGCCUAGCUAUACUCGCAUUGCACUGUAGGAAGCUAGAGACCAUUUCGCUGCGCAUUAAUGCACUCGAGGAGCUUCCGAUGGACCUGCUCGAUACGAUCCAACCCAACGAGAGUGUGAGGCUGGUCGACUUGGGAGAUUCCCCCGGAACCGAUUCUGUCGAGUUCCUGUCCUUCUUCCAGCGACUCUUCCCCAACGCCAGACGUGGUCACAUCGAAGACCCGCGGAAGAGACGCCUUGUUUUCUAUUAUCCCCGAGUUCAACCGGUCCAAUUCGCGGCAUGAAGAACCUGCGACUCAUGAACCUGAUGAAUACUUCCUGGCACGCGAGCAGGCGCAGGACACUUCAGAUGCGGAUGUCCACGGUCUUGCCAUUUAUUGUUGAGUGAUACAUGUCGGCAGCAUAGACGGAGUUA